GUUUCUCGUGUUGGUGUUAUGCCCGAAAUGGAAAUUCAAUAAAAAUUUCCAUGUUUCUUAUUUUGUAUCUUUAAUUUUGGGGUCUGUGAUACGGAAAUGGGAAGCCACAUCGAUUGAGGGUUUCGAAAUUGGAUUUACCGAUAGUUUCAAACUAUUAGAGUUGGAUAAUAACCAGUAG